AUGGGGGGACCGUUUCCGAAAAAGAAGCGCAAUGAUACAGAGGCUUCGGUCUCUACGGUUUCGGCCAAAAGGUAUGGGCAAGUUCUUGGAGAAUACGAAGCCGCAGUGAAGAAAUUACAGGACACCCUAAGCAAGGAAACAAGGUCCAUUAUCCAAGAGGUAGUCGAAGCCAAGUCAAGCAAGCUCCAAGAGCACCAAAUUCAGCAUACAAAGCUUGUUGGCGCCACAACCGCAAACAAAGUCCAGGCCACAGACAAAAUCACGCCAUCAGCUAUCAGUGUCGAAGACGUCGCACGUAUUGUGUCUAAUGCACAGACAACUCGGGGGGCCUUUGUUGCUUUUGAGAAAGCGAGUACAUGUGCUCAGCUUAAGCUCGAGCUCUGCAAUCUGGAAGAACAAGUUUCGAAGGAGGAGGAAGCCCUGGUUCGUUCAGGCGUCGUGGGCUCGGACUGGUGCAAAUGCUACGAAAAGAUAUCCAAUCUCCGGGCCAAGAUCCAGGUGUGUGCAUACAAGCUGCAAGAUGACCGUGAGCAGGCCACACACCUUAUCGCAUCCGCCUACAAAGCCAUGCGCAAAGCCGCCUAUAUAUCAAGCUGUAAUAUUGAGAUUCCCGGAUUGGGAACGUGGACCAGCAUGCCCAUGCCAGCCACGGUCCCUGACAAGUACGCCAGCGCCAGUACCCAAAUCUCGUCCGAGAGUCUCAUAGCCGUAAAACCGCGCUACCAAUCCAUCCAAAAGGUCUCCCAGGACGUCUUCGCAGUCGGAGACAUUGGCUGGCUGCCUCUCCCGCGCCUCUCGCUCUGCCCCUCCCCCGCCGACAUACCGUCGUCCUGCGGCGCCAUCAGUCUGAAGACUUAUCCCUUUAUCAUCGCCAGGAAGCUGCCAGACUGCAUGAUCGGCCUCGUCAUUUCCACCGCGGGCGGCGACGGGCUAACACGGAAACCAGAAGCCAUCCGCCAGCGCAGCACGUACAUUUUUAGUGCAACUACGACUCGGAUUCUGGACUUGCCCUCGCGUAGCUCCGUGUUGAAUCCACGUGUGCUACUCAAAGUGCAGGAGCCUACUGCCGGUGAUGGUUUGGAUGGAUAUUCACCCGACGAAGGGGCGUUUGUAGAUAUGCUGGAUACAUACACGAUUCAGUAUGACUCGCGGUUUGAAAAGGUGGCGUGUCUCACGAAGGCGAGUGUGGGGGCGAUGAAGCAAAUGCGGCUUUCGGCACUGUUGCAUGGUGGUUUUGAGGGAUGA